AUGAACACCAAGAAGUGGUUGCAGUUCGCGCAACGGUUCAGCAGACGAACCACAUUUUUUGUGUCCAUCUACUACAGACCGCUUAGAGACAAGACGCAUACAAGGAACCACGGAUGGAUCGCUCAUCUGCACGAUGUAUACCCCCGAGAGCAGAAGCACUACGGCGGAGACUUCAACCUCCAACACCAAACGUGGGGCUACGCACAGUCUUCGAACGGAGCGGAAGAUCUAAUAGGUGAGAUGCAAACAUUUCGUUUGCAAUUGGCAAACAAGAAAGGAACCAAGACAAGACUGGGAGGAGCCGGACAGAAGGACACGACACCAGAUCUAUCAUGGACGACAAAUCAGUACAUACAGCAUCAAAAAUGGAAGUGUCUCCCAGACCCAUGGGGCAGCGAUCACUUCCCCAUUAUCUUUGAGUUCUCGCCCACAAAGAAGGUAAAGAACAUGACGAAGAAACGAGUGGCCAAGACCGUUCACUGGGACAGGUUCAGGGAUGUCCUUAGGGAAGACAAAUCAGAAGAGUCCAGCUUCGAGAGCCUCCUCAACAGCGCCCUGCAGGCAGCCACAAUCAAGACAAACGUUGAAGAAGACGCUCCUAACCCUGAUAUUUUCCUUCUCAACCUCUGGGCCAAGCGACUGCAAGCGGUGCAGAAGUACCGAAAGGGGUACAAAACCCCACUAGGCAGGCAAGCUAUUACUAGAGCGACGGUGGAAGCAAAGGUGUACGCCCAAAAACUAGACUCACGCCGCUGGCUAGAUUACAGCGCUUCACUUUCCGACAAGACCUCGAUCACGAAGCUCUGGGCUACGAGUCGAGCCUUGCUCGGAAAAAAGAAGACUAAAGGAGCGACGCAGACACUAGCUCUCAAACUGAACAAGUCUGAGGAACACCAGCAAGACACUCUACAAGCGGGCCUAGAUACAAUCGAAGCCCACCUAUGCAGGGUGAAAAUGCAAGCCUCUCCGGAGAAAACCAACUACACCGUAAUCGCACCGAAAAGACACCGUCUCGCCAAGAUUGCAGAACAACUAAACCUCGUUCUUGCAGGCAAGCGAAUCGAGCCAUCCACGUCUGUCAAGAUAUUAGGGAUCACUAUUGAGGAGACCGGUAAGGCAGACAUCUGGCUCCAGGACACACUUAAACAUUGCAACUCUGCCCUUAAUGCCAUUCGGCGCAUCUGUAGCGCAAGGGGUGGAGCGUCAGAAGAAAUUGCCAGAAGAAUGGUUAAAGCUUUAGUAGUUUCGCGUGUCUGCUAUGGGGCUCGACACUACUGGCUGACCAAGGCGCAAUGGCAAAAGCUCGAAGCUCUGAACAACCAAGCAAAAAGAAUAAUCACGGGCCUGCCCAAGUUCUGCCCCCUGGGCAAGCUGAACGAACACGCUCAGAUUAACUCCCUACACGAAACCGUUGUUGUCCGCACGGUCGCGCACGGGGAGAGACUUAAGCACACACGACAAGGGAGAAGGAUCCUGGAACUCCUAUUAAGAUGUACCGGAGACCUACCCAAGCUACCACAGGAACUCCCGCCAUGGGAAGAUCACGCAGAAAUCACAGACAACAAGCCAAGCACGCGGAAGGGCGACAAAAAGCAACAAGACCGCCUCGCUAGGGCACACAUCAAGAUGACGGAGGCGUGGGAAGAAGGAACGAACGGGAUCGUGGCUGCAUACACGGACACUGCUUCGAUAGACGGCCCAGUCACUCUAAAGACCGCGGCUGUUAUCUUUCCAACACUAGGCACAAGCGCAACCAAGAACCUUCCAGCCCGCACCUCGGUCAAAGGGGGAGAACUUGCAGCAGUCCGCCUUGCCCUCGAGACGGCCCUUGCAUUACCUGAACCACCACCAGAGCAUAUCCGGAUAUUUACGGACUCUCAGGAAGUGGUAAAAGAAUGCAGAAAAUCAAGAAGCCCUAGCGUAGACGUGCGUAAUAUCAAGAAACUCGCCUCACUGCUACUAGCAAGAGGCACGACUACGAGAAUAGCCUGGGUUCCUGCACACGCAGGAAUACCCGGCAACGAAGAGGUGCAUCGACUCGCCCGCGCGUCCCUUCUCGCUCCCCGUGAACGAGACGAUACACCUUCACUGCAAGACCACGACCACGGCUACGCUCCCGUCCGCGAUCGGGCACCGGCUAGUCGAGCACGAGAGGAAGACUGCAACGAUGGAGGGUACGAUCCAGGAGAGGAACGUGCCCAAAUCAAGCAAGAACACCAAUCAACACUCUGGGAGAAACUUCCCCCAACACCAAACCCUCCUCUGCCAACAGGGUUUGGAAGAAGGGCCAAGGUCCUCCUGACCAGGAUCAGAACAGACACAACAUUAACACCAGCGCGCAUAGCAUCUUGGAGCCGCGGGAAGAGAUCCGGCACCUGCACCAAGUGCAAUAUGGGUGCCAAAGCGGACACUUUUCACUUGUUGUGGGAAUGCCCCAAAUACAAGAUCACCAGGUCGAAGCACCGACCGAGUAACGUCGCCUCUCUGGAAGGUUGGACACACCCGCCAGGCGAAGAGGACAACAAGAGAAGCAUCCUCCGAAGUCUCAUAGAUUUCAUCUUCGAGGCGAACCUGGAUAUCUUUAUUUAGCCUAGUUUAAUAUUUUCUUUUUUUGCCAGCGUCCAGACCUCGCAGCCGCCGACGCACUCCCCCAUCCC